UUCAUGGAUAGUAUAAAAAAUAAACCGAACUGGACAACAUACACAAUCAGCAAAAAAAAAAAAUUAAAGGUGUUGAAAUAAACGAUGGAUUUUGACUCAGAUUCGGAUGAAUUGGCAGAACUUUUAAAAGCUGCAGCCGACGAAGGAGAAAUAACUCUGAAUGAAGACCUUCCAUCGACUUCGGCUACUCUAACGGAUCAGCAACAACAGCAAGAAAAGCCAUUGGAUAAUGGAGUAUUAUCCACUCAGGUGGCCGAUGAAAAGGCGAAUGCAACGGUAAAAUUAGCUGAAGAAGCGUACGAUUCAUCGGAUGAGGAAGAUUUACAAAACUUUUUCGAAAGAAAAUACAACGAAUAUGGACGAGAUAUAAAUACCAUGCUAAAACGUAACGAUGCGGUCCGAAUGGAUUCCAUUGUUGGAAAUGAGGUCAAUAGAAACUUGCGACAAUCGAACUUUACGUCAACUAGAAACCUUGCGGCAACGUCCAUUGGCCACCCGGCAGCGACCAAAGCACCAGUGCCGGCCAAGGCUCCCGAAAAGUUGGAAAAUAUCUAUACCGAUCCAAUUUUUGGUUUGCGAUUAAUUCAACCAUUAAUUUCAAGUACAACACUACGUGAACGAAUGUUAGGACGUCAAGCUGUUGAAUUAAGAUACCUCCAACAUCAUUUGACCACCGCAGAUUUAUCGAAGGAUUGGUGCAUAAGCGGUGUUAUCGUUAAUAAAGGUCCUGUUUCGACAAGUAAUGCAGGUUCACAAUAUGUAAUCUGGCGAUUGAGUGACUUGAAAGGUGACAUGAAAACGGUGUCAUUGUUUCUUUUUAAAUCUGCAUACAAGGAACUGUGGAAAACUGCUCAAGGCAUGAUCAUUGCAGUUUUGAAUCCACAAGUAUUUUCGCGCAAAGACAACAACGGAGAGAGUUCACUAUCGAUUGACAGUGCACAACGUGUUAUGAUUUUGGGACGAAGCAAAGAUUUUGGAAUAUGUAAAUCGAAGAAGAAGAACGGCGAACCAUGUACUGCCAUCGUGAACUUGAGUCUAUGCGAGUUUUGUGUAUAUCACGUGAAGCAAGAAUAUGGGAAAAUGUCCGGUCGAUCUGAAUUGCAAUCGGCAACAAGUGGUCGAGGUUUACAAGCAUUGCGAAAUAAAAUUUUGGGAAAAAGUGAAGUCUUUUACGGUGGAAAAUCGUUUGUCGCAGAACCGGCAAAGCCAAGCCACAAGCUCAAAGCAAAAGAUCAACAACGUUUAAUGUCACUCUCGGACACUUUUAAACAAUCCCCAUUAGGUGCAGCAACUACAGGCAGGCCAAAUUAUUUAGCAAACAAAACGCGAUGCAGUAAAAUUGCCGAUUCAGUAGAGUCGAAUUCGUCUCAGCGAAUGAAAGACUUGGAUCGACUGAAGUCAUUGAACGUUGACAUUUCAUCCAUAAAUUCAAGCCAAACGAUCGUUUCAAAAGAGAAUACUAAUCAAUCGUUGCCAUUAAGAAAUGCACCGUCUUUGAGCCGUGAAAGUUUUUCAUUUACAAUUGGAAAAACAUCGAAGACUGGAAACGAUUUGGCAAAAGCAAAAGCAGCUGCCAUUUUACAGAAAAAACCAAUUGAAAAAUCAAAUCCGAAUUUCGUUAAAUAUAGAGGCACCGAUGCUGGUAAAAAGCGUGCCCACAGUGCUCUUGAAUCGGAGGAGGAAAAUGCACAAAAGAAACAAAAACUGGCCGAAGAAGUGGAAAAAUUUAAAAACGAGCGAAUAAAACAAUUAAUUGCAGCGCGUUCGGCGCACACGGAUUUAAUCGAAGCGCACGAAAUAAGCGUCAAAGAUCAGUAUUUCAAUAAACUAGAGAAAAAAGAAGCAAUGGAAGAGAAAAUGUUGAAUACAACUAAAAUGGAGUGUAAAGCAGUCAUUUGUUUACAAUGUAAAUAUAAGGCAUUCUCGGCCGCACAGCGAUGCAAAGACGAAAGGCAUACAUUGAAAGUGGUUGAUGCUGAAAAACGCUUCUUUGAAUGCGAAGAUUGUGGAAAUCGAACCAUCAGUCUAUUUAGAAUACCCAAAAUUACUUGCAGCAAUUGCCAAGGCUCACGUUGGAAGCGUACCGGCAUGAUCAAAGACAAAAGCGUACUCAAACCCGAUCAACCUCUAUCAAUUCGCGGCGAUGAAGAGGUCUUUUUGGGAGGCUUAUCAUCUGGUGGAAAUAUUAAUUUAUGCGUUUCCGAUGACUAAUGUAAUGUUUUAAAUCAUGACAUUUAUUUUACAUUUAUCUAAAUAAAAUCUUGAAUACAUGCACAAA